AUGACAAGUCGAAAUGGCGACAGUCUGCCGCCGCCGACGCGUCGGCUGCGGGACAAGACAAAUGUGCACUUAGGUUCUAUGAGCGGAAACGACGCGAUUCGAUUUCGCAACCUACAACAAUGGUACACGACGAGUGCCUUAGAUGUAAAAAGAGAUUUCCUCCGAAACGUAUUGGACGUUUGCGGGGAUCCGUUGUUUUUAUUCGCUUUGCAAAAAAUUUUCGACCGCAGGGCGUACUGCACCGGAGACAUGAUUGCUGCGAACAAUAUCGGCGAUGGGCGCUCUGACGUGCGUCCGGCCGAAGACGAGGACCAGUCCUCCUCAUUAGAUCCGACCGCGUCGACGGACGACCACUCCGAUUGGUUUGACGGAUUGUCGAAACACGUUCGACUGGCAGCGUUUGUCAGACUCGCGAUGUUGGGCGGAACGGGCGUUAUGACUGAAAUUCGCGAUCACGUCGAUCGUUUGAUCAAGUCGAAUGGAAAUUUACCGAGUUUGCGAAACUCGAAUGUCAAAAAUACUUCCGAUAUGCAAAAUUCAACUCUCACAAUACUCGACGACUUACUACUAUUGACGGACAGAUUACCAGAUUCCGAAGAAAUACUAUCAAAAACUAAUUUAGACAAAAAUAAGGCCAAGAUUACUGAUGUGGUAUAUCGGGAUUAUAUGGAACGCACAAACGAAUGGAAAAACAAAUUGGAUUCAUUCGAGCAGAAAUACCACGCGAUUCGUAGAACCACUGAACCCGACAGCGACUUGGCCCAAAUGCUUCCCGUGGUUUGGCAUGUUAUUCCAGCUGGCGGGAAAUUAUUAAGCGAUCCUAGUCGCAAAGAAACGAACGCAACCCCAACGUCAACAAACGGGAAUGCCGAACGUAUAGUACCAUUGAGUUCAAGUCAUACAUUGGCCUCUGUAACGGAGUACAAAAAAGCAAGAAAUCUCAUUGACCUGCAAAUUGACAGACGUUUAAAAAUACAGAAUAAGGGGCAGUUAUAUGACACAACUGAACUAGACGACUGUGCCGAUUUCGAUCUCCAUGCGGUGAUACCAUUUGAUAAUAAUUGUCGGACUAAAAAGGAUGAUACUACUCAUGUAUUGAAACGAAAAUGA